AUGAUAUUGCAAUUUGUUGUGCUUCUAAGUCUCUCCGGCUUUUCUUCUCAAGCAAUCUUCACCAAAUCCGACAUUGCCUUCAGAACGACUGGUCAAGUUCUAUGCGAUGAGGAACCUGCACCAAAUCUCGAAGUUCAAUUAUGGGACUUAAACUUGUGUAAGCUCGGCCUUUUCAGAGAAACAUUUAAAAAUUUGUUCAAUUUCAGGGGGCCGCGAUUCUGUUCAUCUCAACUCAACAAUAACCGAUUCAGAGGGCAAUUACGAAUUAUUUGGAAAAGUACAUGAUUAUAAUUUAUCACCACACAUCAGAGUCCUCAAUCACACGUGUCAAUCACAGCCAGGAUGUUUUUUUGUGAGUUACCAAAAUUUAGCAGAAAGAUAUUCCGACUCUCAACUUCUUAAAUGGACGGUCCCUUUGGAAAUUAAUAGCCAUAUUGAUUCUAGUAAUUCAUUUUGUAAACGUUGA